AUGUGUGUAGGUGUGACAGUGUUAGCUGUAGGUAUAGACCAGGCGAACACAGAGGAGCUGCGUCGGGCCGUGACGGACGGCAGCACCCAGAACAUCCUUUACACCCGUGAUGCUGCCCAGUUGGACACCCUACACACUGACCUGGCAGACUUGCUCUGUGGCAUUGCCAGAAUACCAGAUGUAGGUCCAGGUCCAGAGCAGUGUACCGUUCAGUGCCCUCAGGGUGAACGGGGAUAUCCCGGUGGGACGGGUGACAGAGGCAGCGAUGGCACAGAUGGACGCAAGGGAGAUCCUGGUCGUGAUGGUCUGCCUGGGAGGGAAGGCCCCAUAGGCCCUGAGGGUCGCCCAGGUCCUCCAGGUCAAACCAUCACCGUUGACCCCUCAGGGGGGGUGAAAGGAGAAAAGGGAGAGAGGGGUUUUCCUGGCAUUGAUGGAAGUCCAGGGUUGCCGGGACGACCAGGUUCCUCUGGAAGUGGAGGGCUCCCGGGUUCGCAGGGCAUACCUGGUAUACGAGGAGAUCCAGGUCAAAUAGGUGGGACUGGGCCACUAGGACCAACGGGCACAAAAGGUGAAAGGGGAGAACCAGGCUCAGCUAUAUCAGGAGGGGGUCUUCCAGGGAGGAAAGGAGAGCCAGGCCUCCCGGGAAUACCGGGUUCUCUUGGUCGGCCAGGCAGCAACGGCAACAAGGGUGGGCCCGGUGUUCCUGGGACACCUGGUCAGGAAGGUCGCUCAGGUUUACCAGGAACACCAGGACUCUCCAUCAAGGGAGACAGGGGUAACCCAGGAGAUAGGGGACUUCCAGGAGUCGGCAGUGGGGUGGCCGUGAAGGGCGAGAAGGGCUCCCCAGGUACUCCAGCAUAUGCAGGGACUCCGGGUCUUAGAGGGCUACCAGGUCCACAGGGCAGCAAAGGAGACAAGGGUGACGGUGGUGAUGGGAAGGCUGGACCUGCAGGCAGGCAAGGAGAGCCUGGGGACCGGGGUCCCCGUGGGCCUACAGGAGAAACUGGUGGCAAGGGUGACCGAGGACAGCCAGGUGAGGCUGGAUCACAGGGAGACAGGGGGGAGAGAGGACUAAAUGGUGAAACUGGGGAGAGGGGGGACCCCGGGAAGCCGGGCCUCGCAGGAACAACAGGGUUGAGAGGUUUGCCAGGGCCCAUUGGAGCCACAGGAGAAAAGGGAAACAAUGGUGAACGUGGAGAGCCUGGCAGAAGUGCUCCAGGUUUGGGAGGAAAGAAAGGGGACCAGGGGGACCGAGGCCUGUCUGGAUCUGACGGGGCGAGGGGUGAUAAAGGAGAUUUAGGCCAGAAAGGAGAGAAAGGGUCUUCAGGCUCAGGAGGCUCCGCUGUUGGAUCUAAAGGAGAGCCGGGAGAUAGAGGACUUGCUGGUCUCAGUGGAAGGCCGGGUGGCAAGGGAACUCCAGGAGAACCGGGAGAGAAUGGGGAGAAUGGGCGACCGGGAAUCCCCGGAAAAGCUGGCCUUCCCGGGAAAGGGGGAGACAGAGGAGAAAAGGGUGACGAAGGCACACCUGGGGAAUCUGGACUUCCGGGGAAGUCGGGCGAAAGAGGACUGAGGGGACUGGCUGGUCAGCCCGGACGACUAGGAGAGAAGGGAGACCUGGGAGACCCUGGAGAGUCAGGACGAAAUGGCAGCCCUGGACCUGCGGGACUGAGAGGAGAUAAAGGACAACUGGGUCCCCAAGGGCCUCCAGGACCACCAGGAAAAGUGGCUGACAUCCAGGGCCAGCUGAAAGGAGUGGGAGGAGAAAAGGGGGAUGCUGGCGACCCAGGAGAGCACGGCGGCAAAGGUCAGAAAGGCGAAGCGGGGACUCCCGGAGCUGCAGGCCUACGAGGCCCUGAGGGACAACGGGGACUUGCAGGCACAAGAGGUGAUGCAGGGGAAAGAGGAGCGCCUGGAGAGAAGGGAGAAAGGGGAACUUCCGGGUUAGAUGGACGUUCUGGUAUAGAUGGUAAACCAGGUGCUGCUGGACCCGCUGGUCAGAGGGGUGAUGCUGGAAAACAGGGGGAUCAUGGGAGAGACGGUUUAGCAGGAUUUAGAGGGGAGCAGGGCCCCCAAGGACCUGUUGGGCCUUCAGGCGCUGCAGGGAUACCUGGCAAAGCAGGUGGAGAUGGCAAACCUGGUUCUGCUGGCAAAAUGGGCGAGGACGGUGUCCCCGGUGAAGAUGGCAGAAAGGGUGAUAAAGGAGAACUGGGAGCAGCUGGAAGAGAUGGCCGGGACGGAACAAAAGGAGACCGGGGCCUUGCUGGGGCGUCUGGACCCUCUGGCCCUUCGGGGGCUCCUGGCGUACCUGGCGGCAUUGGUCCUCCCGGACAGGUGGUGUAUGUCAAAGGAGUUGCAGCCUCACCGAUCCCAGGCCCACAGGGGCCCCCAGGAACCCCUGGCAUACCUGGGAUCCCCGGAGCUGUGGGAGGCAGAGGGGAUAGAGGUCCAUCUGGCCUCAAAGGUGAUGCUGGCGACCCAGGAGAGGACGGGGCACCGGGUAAACCAGGGACAACAGUGGAUGUACAGAGGGCUCUGUCCAGCCUUGGGAUUCAGGUGUCUGAUCUGAAGGUGGUUGUGGACAGAAAGGACACACUGCAAGCUCCCACAGUGCAGAAGGCAGCUAAGGGUGACAAAGGUGACGGUGGCGAAUCUGGACAGAGAGGACCCUCUGGUGCAGAUGGGACCCGUGGUUUCCAAGGAGAGAGAGGAUCAAAAGGGGAUCAAGGGGAGCGAGGAAUCGUGGGAAAUCCUGGGCCUCCAGGGAGAGCCAUCGGAGAGCGAGGUCCACAGGGACCCUCAGGACCCGCUGGAGAGUCGGGCAAACCAGGGAUACCGGGGGUUCCUGGGCGGGCUGGAGAACUGGGGGAGGCUGGAAGACCUGGAGAUAAGGGGGACAGAGCAGAGAAAGGGGACAAAGGAGAAUCUGGUAAAAUUGGGAUCACAGGAUUAGCCGGCCCAGCAGGUCAAAAGGGAGCAUCUGCUGAGUCAGUACUGGUAGGACCUCCCGGGGCCAGAGGCCCUCCAGGGGUUGUAGGACACAAGGGAGAACCUGGUGCUGCAGGACUGCCAGGACCUCAAGGAGAACGAGGCUUUGUGGGAUCUCGUGGAGAUAAAGGAGACAGAGGACAGUCUGGAGAUAACGGACGUGACGGCUCACAGGGAACACCAGGAGAACCAGGAAAACCUGGUCAGGAUGGGAAACCGGGCAUGCCUGGGUUCCCAGGAGUUCUAGGCAGACCGGGAAACCCAGGAGAGCCUGGCAUGAGGGGGCCAACUGGCCCCAUGGGUCCCAAUGGCCUUCCAGGUCCAUCAGGUGUGAAGGGCAAUCAAGGAGAGCCAGGCGUUGGUGUCAAGGGUCCACCGGGGGCCCAGGGGAGCACAGGGCUGCCAGGACCAGCAGGCCCCCCCGGAACUGUGGGUCCUCAGGGCGCCCCAGGGCUGUCAGGGCAGGUGGGUGAAGCUGGUAAACCAGGAGUCCCUGGAAGAGAUGGGGUGCCUGGGAAAGAAGGAACACAUGGAUUACCUGGGAAGCAGGGCAUUGCUGGACCUCCAGGCUUGGGCGGCUUAAAGGGGGAGCAGGGAGACAGUGGUCCUCCAGGGAGGGCUGUGGCUGGACCCCCUGGACUGAAGGGAGAGAGGGGUCUUAGUGGUCAAACACUGCCAGGAACGGCUGGAGAGAGAGGUCUAUUGGGAGAAAAGGGUAACAGGGGAGACAAAGGUGCUGGUGGCAACAAAGGAGAGAGAGGAGUGGAUGGUGAAGCAGGAGAGCCUGGAGAAGAUGGGGCACAAGGAUCUUCUGGGUCAAAAGGAGAUAAGGGAGAGAAGGGCAUAGGGCAGGCAGGGCCUCCUGGAAGGGACGGGCCUCAAGGUUUGAAGGGAGAUCCAGGCCUUCCAGGUCCAGCUGGUCCUCCGGGGCUGCAGGGGAAGGCAGGGAAUAUUGGGCCGCCUGGCCUGAGGGGAGAAAUUGGACAACUAGGACCUCCAGGACCACCAGGGGAGAGGGGCCUACAGGGCUUUGGAGGCCGUGCAGGAACUGUCGGACCCCCUGGUCCUUCUGGACCCCCUGGAGAGGCAGGCUCUCCUGGUACUAACGGGGGCAAAGGAGACAAGGGGGAAGUCGGCGCCAGUGUCCCCGGUCCCAGAGGAGAGAGAGGAGAUUCAGGGCUGAGAGGAGAGGAGGGUCGUGCUGGCCUGGAUGGGGAGAGAGGGACAACGGGUCCCGCAGGGAUUCGUGGUGGCCGGGGAGAGAAGGGAGACCUUGGGUUGCAAGGUGACAAAGGAGAGAAGGGGGACACGGUGCUGGUGGGAGGACCCGGUGGAGAAAAAGGCAACAAAGGAGAAACGGGGGACAGGGGACCCAAAGGUGUACAGGGAGGAAAGGGGGUGAAGGGUCAAGAGGGCCCUCUAGGAGCGCAGGGUCUCACGGGAGAGCCAGGAGACCGAGGAUCCAGUGGAUUCCCGGGUGCCCGUGGGCCCGGUGGACAGAAGGGAGAAGCAGGCCAACAUGGGGUACCUGGUGAAUCGGGUUUAUCAGGAAAAGACGGGCUGCUGGGGCAUAAGGGGGAUAAAGGAGAGUUCGGUAUCGUAGGAAUGAGGGGAAUCAAGGGUGACCGAGGACCCAAGGGGGCUUGUGGAGGCGAUGGACCCAAAGGAGGCAAGGGGGAUUCUGGUAUUCAUGGGCGAUCAGGCCUACCAGGAAGAAAAGGCGAACAGGGGGAGCUCGGACCUUCUGGGGUCUCAGGGAUCUCCGGAAAAGAGGGAAUAGUGGGCCCCAAGGGUGACCGUGGCUUUGACGGGCUUGGAGGACCCAAAGGAGCUCAGGGAGAGAAAGGUGAAAGGGGCCCGUCUGGCCUCCCUGGCCCCCCCGGCCUCAGAGGAGUGGACGGGGUCCCGGGCCUGACUGGCACUCAGGGACCAGCUGGUGCUGGUGGCCCAGAGGGUCUUCAGGGACAAAAGGGAGAGAGAGGUCCGAUCGGCCCCUCCAUGGUGGGUCCACGCGGUAUCCCAGGAGUCUCGGGGGAGCGCGGAGAGCAGGGAGAGCUGGGCCUAGAUGGAAUCAAGGGAGACAGAGGAGAGCCAGGCAUGACGGAGUAUGAAGUGAGAGAGUACGUUCGCUCGGAGAUGGGUCAGCACUGUGCGUGUGGAGGUUCAGACCGAGUAAGUCGGUCCCAGCCCCCGGUCAGGGCUCGGCCUACACCAGAGCAACAGCUGGUCGUGAAGGGUAAGGAGGGUCGUGAGCUGCGUGUGGUGGUGAACACCAACGACCCGGACUACGAACACAUCUACUCCAUUGAGGCGUACGACGAACCUUUAGACGAGCUGCUCUACUUCACUCCUUCUGCAAACCAGAGUGAUGGUGAGGUUGUCAAGGAUAACACUGACAAAACAGUCAAAGCUCAACCAAAAAAAUCAGCCUCAGCUGAUGUUAAGAAAACAGCAAAAGAUGGUGGUCAGAAAGCAGCCAAAGUUACCACUCUGAAAGCAGUCAUGUCCAGAUCAGUCAGGUCCAAGAGGAGAGUCAAUGGGGAAGCUCCAGCAGACGUGUGCCUGCUGCCCAUGGAGGAGGGGAGCUGUGGACGGUACACGAUGCGUUGGUACUUUAACAGCCAGGUUCAAGCCUGCAGGCCCUUCAUCUACAGCGGCUGUGAAGGAAACGACAACCGCUUCCUUGAGCUGGAGGAGUGUGAGGAGCUCUGCCUUGGGGGGGCCGAAGGUCGUCCUUCCUUGAAGACAGCACAAUGAAUGAGGACCAAUCUUCCUCUGCCACUGGAAUGUUAGCCUUUAUAUAGCUUUUAAAGAGUAUUAUUUUGUCAAUUGUCAACAUUUGUUUUUGUUUAUUUAUUGUUUUUGUAGGCCUAACCCAACCCCAGGUUAAGACGGGAUGCCAGAGUGCUUCCUUGCUUUAUAUUCUCCAAAACAUGCAACUACAACAAAAAAAGCCAAAAUAGUGUUUAUUCGUAGAAAAAUAAUGUUGUAUUACUUUCCUUCUUGUGCAGUAGAACAUUACAAUUAAGAAAAAAUGUAUUGGCUUUACUCUUAUUUCUCAUUUUAACUGAACAACAGUACUGUGUUAAAGUACCUUCCAUAUCUUAUUCAUUUCAUGUUCCACACAGACUUGUAUGCAGACAAAGGACUUAUGACUGCAUACAGAGAGGGAGUGGACACAUGACUCACCUCACUCUUAAAUGCUAUAUUCCUCAAGUAUGUUCCUUUUUUAAGGCCAUAGUUUGUAGUAUUGCUCAGAGAUUUGUAUUUUACAUCAAGCCUGUUACUCCACUUACCAUCAAAAAAAGAAAACUAAAAGACAUUUCUCUCUAUUUGGAAAAUGAUUGCAUAUUUUGCAAUUGAAAACACUUUUUCAACCCUUUCGACAUUACAAUGACUUCCAUUGUUUGGUAUUGACUUGCCACUUUGUUUAACAAAUAUCUUUCUUGGUAUAUUCGGAAAAAUAAUAGAUACAAAAAAAAAGCACUUAACGCAUAUCGCAAAGAUUAGAGUCAACAAUUUAUAAUAAGGCUUGUUUUCUACCUCUGUGCAAAACCUGUUGCGUUAUUAAAGACCUCCAUAUGAAAGUUAAUGCAUACUGCUUUUUGGCAUUUAACAAUGACUGUGACUCACUUGUGGAGCAGCUGUUGUUGUCAUGAUUUGCAGCCGUUGUUACAUAAAUUGUAAAGUGUCAAAGAGAAAAAUAUAACAAUCCCGAAAGCAGCAUUAGCUAAAAGGAACAUACUGUAUGACAGACCGCAAAAACAAACACCCUUUAUGAACUUCACUAAACUGGUAGUAACUUCAAGGAUAAGGUGUUUUCAUUAUUUAGCUCACUCCUUAAAUGUACAGACUGUACAAACUGUACACACUAUUUUUUUACACAUUUGUACCAAUAUUUCAAAGUGUUCUUCUAAUUAUAAUUGUACUGUAAAGUUCUUCAACAUAGACACACAGGAGUCACUUUUAGUUUAGUAAUAAUGUCUUUGAGUCAGUUUGGUAUUUAUUAGUAGCCUCCCGAGACCAGACACAAUUUGAAAAUGGAGGAAUUCUAAUCUUCUUUUUAUCAUCACACAUGUACACUGCAGCAAAUGUAUGAAUUUUAGACUCUUAAUUUACCCUUUAAUAGUAUUAGGAGUGGGGGGGUUGGUGCCUGACUCAUCCUGCAUCGCCCAGAAUGAGAACUGGCACCUCUCCAGGUACAAGUCUCUACACUGUGUACUUGUUCCAUAUGAAAUGUGUCCCUACAACCUGAGCUACUGCUACAAAGCCAAUUCAAAAUAACAUAACAUGACAAACAUUACAGGUUUAUACAAAACAAACGAAAACAUAUACAGCUAACUUAAGUCCCUAACAACAGAGUUGAAAUUGACUUCUAUUCGACAUUUUUAUGAACUUUUUUAUCAAAGACGCAGAUAUUUUUCAUGGUUAAAAUGAAUGAAUUCAACCAGGUGAUUUUCAACCCUUUCUAAUCCCUGAAAGUGAAAAUAAAAAUGAAAAUAAUUCCUGAACCCCAGGUGCCUGAAAUAACUCCUCACAUUUCUCUACAUUAUAACUAUGCAAGCACAUCUAUAUUUGUUUAUCAUUAUGGGCACAUUUUUGACAAAUAU